AUGCCAAAACUCUUCAUCACUGGCGCAACCGGCUACAUUGGAGGCGACGCCCUCUAUGCCAUUGCAAACACCUACCCUGAUCUCGAGAUUACCGCCCUAGUCCGCAAUAGCGACAAAGGCGCCAAAGUCGCUGCACAAUACCCCAAGACUCGCCUCGUCUAUGGUACGCUAGACAGCACUGAUCUCCUUUCCGAGGAAGCUUCCAAUGCAGACAUUGUUCUUCAUUGUGCUGAUUGCGACCACCUGGCUUCUGCCCAGGCACUGGUUGCUGGCCUUGCUCGCAGUGGGCGAAAGUCGUAUCUCAUCCACACCUCUGGCACCGGCAUCCUUUCAUUUGCCGAUUUUGGAGAGAAUACGUACGGUAUUACCCGAGAAAAGGUCUUUGAUGAUUGGGACAAUAUCACUGAAGUUACUUCACUCCCGGAUACCGCUGUCCAUCGCAACGUUGACAAGGUUAUCCUGGGAUCCCACGAGGCAUCGUCGGGCAACAUCCAAUCGGCCAUUGUUUGCCCUCCCUGUAUCUAUGGACCAGGGCGCGGUCCUGACAACAAGCGCAGUGUGCAAGCGUACGACAUGACUGCGGCCACAUUGAAACGAAUGAAAGGUUUCGUCGUAGGAGAGGGAAAGAAUCGAUGGACCCAGGUGCACGUCCAAGAUCUCAGCGAACUAUUUCUCGCUCUUGUAACAGCGGCUCUGUCGCCUGAUGGCGGCAAGGCCACCUGGAACCAGGAAGGAUACUACUUUGCAGAGAACGGAGAAUUCUGCUGGGGUGACAUCGGACGCAAGAUUGCCGACAUUGCCUUCAAGAACAAACUCAUCAACCAUGAAGGAAUUGAUAAUGUGAGCAAAGAAGAAGCGGAUCAAAUGAGACCAUUCGGUAGUUACCUCUGGGGCACCAACUCCCGUUGCAAGGCUAUCAGAGCUAAGAAGCUGCUUGGAUGGACGCCUAAACAAAAGAGUCUCUUUGACCUCUUGCCAGAGAUUAUCGAUGAUGAAGCCAAGCUGCUGGGUCGUACCCGGCAGCACGCUGAGGAGGCGGCUGAAGGGCGCAUUCUAAAGUAG